UAGUAUUGUUGUCUCCCGAUGUGAACUAAGUUUAUGUUGGAUGUGCCUUGUUCCUCCGUGAUCAUGAAAAGAAACCCUUUGUAUAUUGUCUUCCUCGUGCGCCUUCAUUUCACACCAGCUAAACGAAACGCGGCACAACUGAAACAACUUCAGGAUCAGAUCCUUCUCGAGCAGCAACAACAGCUUCCCGCUCCUCAGGAAGUCCCGCCUCCAUCUCCACCUCUCCCACCUCCUCCCUCCUUCCAGGAGCUGGAGAGUAGCACCAUGCAGACAAGCACCUUCAACUACGCCCGGCCCAAGCAGUUCAUUGCUGCGCAGAGUCCCACAACAAGAGGGGGAUCGAUUGGAUACAGCACGCAGUCCUCGACCUCCUCAAGCUCCAGUCCGCUGUCCCCCACAACGUCCCACAAACCCUUUAGCCGUGUCACACUUCCGCCCUUCCAGCAGCAGCCACUACUGUCCAAAGGAAGCAGCGUGGAGUCUCCUAGCUCGCCUUCUUUCCCGCCACCCCCUCCGCCCUUUCUCAGCUCCAGCACUUUAUCCUCUCCUGCUGGCUUGCCACAAGACUUCCCUCCUCCACCUCCACCACCUCCGCCACCUGUCACGUCGAGCCCCACCCGCUCAGACACCUCCUCGCCAUUCACGUCCACUCCCCAAUCACCAGCCGGGUUUCUGGUGUCUGUGCUCCCAGCCACAUCACCUCUGCCAGUGAAUGCAUUGGGGCUGCCCAAGGGCAAUGGCACAGUGGCUUUGCCACGUAAGACUACACCCCGUACACAGCGUAUUAUCUCUGAUACAGAGAUCCAGGGCUCCAAAGAUGCAGUCAUACAAGACCUGGAGAGAAAACUACGCUUCAAAGAGGAAAGACUCAGCAAUGGACAGCAGAGGUUAACCUAUGAGGAGAAGAUGGCUCGCAGACUGCUGGGUGCUGACAAUGCUGCCACAGUGUUUAACACACAACAGGUGGAGGAGGAGCCAGUUACACAGGAGUAUAAAGUGUCCAGCUUCGAGCAGCGGUUGAUCAGCGAGAUUGAGUUUCGUCUGGAGCGCUCACCUGUGGAGGAAUCUGACGAUGACAUUCAGCAUGAUGAAGACACGCCCGGGGAGGUUGCACCAUUCUUCGAUCAGAAGCUCAAGCAUUAUAAAGUCUUCGAGGGAAUGCCUGUGACCUUCAGCUGCAAGGUCAUCGGAGACCCAAAGCCAAAGGUGUACUGGUUUAAGGAUGGAAAGCAGAUCUCAAAGCGCAGUGAACACUACCGUAUCAGUCGUGAUCCAGAUGGCACAUGCUCCCUGCACACAGCGGCUGCCUCGCUGGAUGAUGAUGGGAACUACACCAUUAUGGCAGGCAACCCAGCGGGGAGAGUGAGCUGUACUGGAAGGAUGAUGGUCCAGGCCGUGAACCAAAGGGGGAGAAGUCAGCGCUCCACACCUGGACACAUCCGCAGACCACGCUCAAGGUCCAGAGACAGCGGUGAUGAGAAUGAGAACAUUCAGGAACGUCACUUCCGCCCUCAUUUUCUGCAGGCCCCUGGCGACCUUAUUGUGCAAGAGGGUAAACUCUGCCGCAUGGACUGCAAGGUUAGUGGCCUGCCAACUCCUGACCUCAUCUGGCAGCUGAAUGGCCAUACCAUCCGUCCAGACUCCUCCCACAAGAUGCUGGUGAGGGAGAAUGGGGUUCAUUCACUGGUCAUUGAACCUGUCACAAGCAGAGAUGCAGGAGUUUACACAUGCAUCGCCAGCAACAGGGCUGGACAGAACUCAUUCAGCCUAGAGCUCAUUGUUGCAGCCAAAGAGAUGCAUAAAGCUCCAUGUUUCAUUGAGAAACUCCAGAACACAAGUGUCGCUGAGGGUCACCCAGUGCGUCUUGAGUGCCGUGUGUCCGGAGUCCCAUUCCCACAGAUCUUCUGGAAGAAAGAGAACGAGUCCUUCACUCACAACACCGACAGGAUAAGCAUUCACCAGGACAACUUUGGUUACCUCUGCAUGAUCAUCCAGCCGGCUCUGAAGGAAGACGCAGGCUGGUACACGGUUUCAGCUAAGAACGAAGCUGGCAUCAUCUCCAGUACAGCACGUCUCUUGAUGUACACACGGUUAGUCAAACACACAGCAUCACGCCCAGUGGCAGCAGCCUCACACGCUCCGAAGCUCAAGAAGAAGGUGCGUCCAUCAUCGAGCCGCUACGCCGCUCUGACAGAACGGGGUCUGGAUGUGAAGGCAGCCUUCUUCCCAGACUCCAGUCCUCUUCCUCCCGGCACCCUAGUGGAGAGUGACGACCUGUAGAGCCUAGCACGGGGGAUCUGACCUUGGAACUCAGAUCCGUUGAUCCAGUGUACUCCAUAAUCCCCACCCAUUUCCCAAUAAAAAACCUCUAGCUGGGAUGAAAAAGUGAUCGAUUGACUUUGAAUGGUGAGGGAGGAAGCUGCAAAGCACCUCCUCACAGAUUAUGAUUCUUGGUAUUAUCACUACGUCUCUGCCUGAGGGAGGACCAUUCGCUAUACUUUUAUUUCAGUUGUUUUCUGAGGGGAAGUGAUAUGGGUGAUUAAGCGAGGUCAUAUCCUGCUUGUAGACAGACUUAAUGGUUCGCUGACGCACUUAACACACACACACACACACACGCACCAGCAUGUGCUUUGAGGAAGGAAGUAGUAUACCAAUGAUCACCUUGUUUUUCAUCUCUAGAUUUUACAAGUGCCUAAAAAUAUAUUAAUUUUCA